AAACCUCAGCAGAAAGUGGCCCCUCCCGCAGCAGCCGCCACGUCGUCCAGCACCACCACGUCGUCCGGCACCGCCUCCAGUACCGCCACGUCGUCUAGCACUGCCACGUCGUCCAGCACUGCCUCCAGUGCCGCCACGUCGUCCAGCACCGCCUCCAGUACCGCCACGUCAUCCAGCUCCAGUACCGCCACGUCGUCCAGCACCGCCUCCAGUACCGCCACGUCGUCCAGCUCCAGUACCGCCACGUCGUCCACCACUGCCACGUUGUCCAGCACUGCCUCCAGUACCGCCACAUCGUCCAGCACCGCCACGUUGUCCAGCACUGCCACGUCGUCCAGCACUGCCUCCAGUGCCGCCACGUCGUCCAGCACCGCCUCCAGUACCGCCACGUCGUCCAGCUCCAGCACUGCCACGUCGUCCAGCACUGCCACGUUGUCCACCACUGCCACGUUGUCCAGCACUGCCUCCAGUACCGCCACAUCGUCCAGCACUGCCACGUCGUCCAGCACUGCCACGUUGUCCAGCACUGCCACGUUGUCCACCGUUGCCACGUUGUCCAGCACUGCCUCCAGUACCGCCACGUCGUCCAGCACUGCCACGUCGUCCAGGAAC